AUGGGUAAGAGAAAGAAGUCUUCUAGAGGUCCGGCCAAAAAACUGACACAGAGACUGGACUUGAACUUUAACUGUCUCUUCUGUAAUCACGAAAGAUCGGUUACAUGCACAUUAGAUAAAAAAAACAGUAUAGGAUCAUUGUCCUGCAAAGUUUGCGGCCAGAGUUUCCAAACGCACAUCAAUGCGCUUUCCCAACCCGUGGAUGUAUACAGUGAUUGGUUCGAUGCUGUGGAAGAGGUAAAUGCCGGGAAAGUCAGCGAUUCAGAAGGCGACAGCGAUUCAGCAAGCGAUUACGAAAGCGACUCUGACGCUGAAGAAACGAACAAAAGACGUGCACAAGUGGGUUCCGAUGCAGAGGAGCUGUCGGAAGAAGAAGAAGCCAUUGGCAAAAGAGCGCGGGGCCACAUCGUGGAUUCCGAAGAAGAUGACGACGAUGAUGAUGACGAUGAGUGA